AUGGACACCUUCCAGUCCCCCACGCCCUCGGCGCGCCGGGACAAAGCGGAGCCCGGCCCCGUGUCCGUGACCAUCCCGGCCUCUCCCUUCAUGCAGAAGUUGGGAUUCGGCACCGGAGUCAGCGUCUACCUGAUGAAAAGGUCCCCGCGGGGGCUGCCCCGCUCCCCCUGGGCCGUGAAGAAAAUCAACCCCGGCUGCUCCCAGAGCCAGCGCAGCCUCUUCCAGAGGAGGCUCCGGGAGGAGGCCCGGACCCUGCGGAACCUGCGGCACCCCAACAUCGUCGGGUACCGGGCGCUGACGAAGGCUCCGGACGGGAGCCUCUGCCUGGCCAUGGAAUUCGGGGGGGAGAAAUCCCUGAACGACCUCAUCGAGGAGCGCCGGGAGCAGGGCCUGGGAAUGUUCCCGGCUGCCACCAUCCUGCACGUGGCCCUCAGCAUGGCCAGGGGCCUCCAGUACCUGCACACGGAGCAGCGGCUGCUCCACGGCGACAUCAAAUCCCCCAACGUCGUCGUCCGCGGCGCCUUCGAGGCCGUCAAGAUCUGCGACGUCGGCGUCUCCCUGCCCCUGGAUGAGAACCUGACAGUGAGUGACCCGUCCCUGUGCUACGUGGGCACGGAGCCGUGGUCGCCGCCCGAGGCGCUGGAGCCGGACGGGGCCAUCUCGGACCGCGCCGACAUCUUCGCCUUCGGCCUCACGCUCUGGGAGAUGCUGGCCCUGAGCGUGCCCCACCUGCCCCCGCCCCGCGACGGAUCCGACGAGGAUUCGUGCUCGGAGGAUUCCCUGGACGAGGCCGCGUACCAGGCCGCGCUCGGGUCGCGGCCGCCGCUGCCCCCGGAGGCGGCGCGGGAGCCCUCACAGGGCCCCGUGCGGGAGCUCUUCUGCGCAUGCACCGCCCGCGAGGCCCCGCGGCGCCCCCCGGCGGCCACCAUCGUCACUGCCCUGCUGCAGCUGCCGGAAUGCCGGGAACUGCGGGAACAGCAGCCGGGGGGGAGAGCGGGAAUGAGGCGGGAUAACGGGAAUAAUGACGGGAUUACACAGCCCUGA